AUCAAGGCGUCGCAGCCACUCGCCCCUUACCAAGAUGGCGUCCGAGAUGCGUGUGUGAGGGUGGCGACCGUGGGCCCCGUGACUCCGCCCCCCCCGCGUCAGACGCCUCCAGGCAGGCGCUGUCGGAGCGGGCGACUCGGAAGCGAUGGAGAAUCUAAAGCACGUGAAGGUGGUGAUGGCCGCGUUCAGAGACGUGGCGAAGCAGCCGGUCGCUCUGCGCGCCAGGAUUGGUCCCCAGAUGAGGUCUCGCCACGGGGGGGCUUACAGCCUGGUGCACACCGAGUGGUCCUACCGGGACGUGGAGCGAGCCGAGUCCGUGGUCUGCAGCCUCAGCUACAGCGUGUUCCGCGAUGGGGCCACCAUUGUGGACACCAGCCCAGCGGGGGGGCCCACGGAGAUGCACGCGGAGCUGAAGCGCAGCGUGUCCCCAUCAGGGACUCUAACCGCCAUUCUGCGCAAGAUUGGGGGAAAAGGCGGCGCAGAUGAGAAGCAGUUCCUCGAGAUCUGGAAUGGGAACCUCAAGGAGAAGAACAUCGACCUGGAGGCUCUGGAGCAGCACGGGAAGUUCUACGAUGACGGGCAGUUUGGUGUGCUGGCCUGGUCCAACUCGGAGUCUCACCUUCUCUACGUGGCCGAGAAGAAACGCCCCAAGGGGACAACGUUUUUCCAGAGUCGCCCACCCAGCGCCAACACCGCCCAGACAGACGCCCCGGGAGACAAGUUCCUGUUCCGCGAGGAUUGGGGUGAGGCGCUGGUGAACAAGAGCGACCCCGUGCUGUGCAUCCUGGACGUGGUGAGCGGCACCGUGAGCGUACUAGACGGGCUCCCGCCGCACAUCAGCCCGGGACAGGCGCUGUGGGCACCGGCGGACACUGGGGUGCUGUUUGUCGGCUGGAGCUCCGCACCGGGCCGCCUGGGCAUCACGUACUGCACGAACCGCCGCUCAGCGCUCUACUACAUCGACCUCUCCGGGGCACAGUGUGUGCGGCUGUCCGAGGGCCAGGAGGAUGAGACGUGCGUGUGGUCGCCACGGCUCAGCCCGGACCAUUGCCGCGUGGUGUAUCUACAGAACCCAGCGGGGGGCCCCCACCACCAAUGCAGCCAGCUCCGCGUGUACGACUGGUACACGAAGCAGACGCGCGUGGUUGUGGAUAUCGUGGCUGCCCCGGAGUCCGCGGACGCCUUCCCGGGCCUGUACUGCGCCGAGCUGCCAACUCGCUGCUGGGCCUCUGACAGCCAGAGGGUGGUUGUGGCCACGGCAUGGAGGAGCCGCCAGGAGCUGGUGGUGGUGGACACGGAACAUGGGGACGUUACUCCCAUCACUGCAGAGGGAGAUCAGUCUGCUGGCUGCUGGAAGCUGCUGGAUAUCGACGCUCAGGAUCUCAUGGUGGUAGCACGCUCCUCCCCCAGCUGCCCUUCUCACCUGGUCGCCGGGUUCCUCCCCGCGCGCUCCCCCGACUCCCCCGUCCUCUGGGCGUCGCUGGACACGACCGCUGCUGCUGUACCGUGUGACCCAGCGGCCGUGUCAUGUGACCAUGGGCUGCCCCCUCUCCUGGUGCCACCGCCGGGCCUGGCGGACGUCAGCUGGAGUGUGCUGAGGUUAACUCCGCCCGCCGAGCAGCAGAACAAGGAAUUCCCUGAGCUGGACUAUGAAGCCAUCCUCGUCUGCCCCUGGAAGCCCGGAGCGGAGGUGACCAACAAGAAGGUUCCCCUGGUCGUGUGCCCUCACGGAGGUCCGCACUCCGUGUUCGUUGCCGAGUGGAGCCUCAACACAGCUGCGCUGGUCCAACUCGGCAUGGGCGUCCUCCUUGUUAACUACCGCGGAUCCAGCGGAUUCGGCCAGAACAGCAUCCGCUCCCUCCCGGGGAACGUGGGGAUGCAGGACGUGCAGGACAUGCAGCACGCUGUCACGACAGUGCUGGCGUCUGGCGUAGGCGACCCGGCCCAUGUGUUCCUUGUGGGCGGCUCGCACGGAGGGUUCCUGUCGGCGCACCUGAUUGGACAGUUCCCGGGCUUCUACCAGGCGUGCGCCCUGCGCAACCCUGUCAUCAACAUCGCCAGCAUGGUCGGGGCCUCCGACAUCCCAGACUGGUGCGUGGUGGAGGCUGGUUUAGGUGAAUACAGCGCAACCCAGAUUCCCACCGCGGAGAUGCUGGCCGCGAUGCUCAAGCGCUCACCCAUCGUGCACAUCGCAAAGGUUCGCACCCCAGCGCUGAUCCUGCUGGGUGAGGGCGACCGCCGCGUGCCGCCGCAGCAGGGACACGAGCUGGAGCGGGCACUGCGAGCACGCGGGAUCCCCGUGCGGCUGCUGUCGUACCCGGACAAUAACCACGCCCUCUCCAAAGUGGAGGCCGAGGCCGACGCCUUUGUCAACACGGCGCUGUGGUUCGGGGUGCAUCACGGAUAGGGCCUCCACCACCGCCUCCUCCUCAUCCCCCGCGGGCCGUUCCUCGCACACCACGUGACGGCGCUGCUUAGGGCGGAGAGUUCUGAACGUAAAUUUUUUCUCAUAUCACUUGACCCCGGUAGCACGGUUAGAAUUAAAUUGGGAAGAAAAAGACAAAAAAAAUGUUUUAAUCUUUUCACCAUUUUGGUGACCUUGAUUGCCCUUUGGGACCGAUUAGGGGAUCGGAAUGCAUGGGAAUGGGUCGGGUCACAUCGGGGUCGGGUGAGGUCAGAUUGACCUCACUGUGAGCUGAUUUGUAGUGUUGAGUGAAAUUACAACGUGCGUAGUUCUUCA